AUGGCGCAGCUCGCUAAGACUAAGACGACGCUUCUCCUUGUGGCCCUGCUGGCGGUCGUUUCGGCAGUGGAGCUGUGCCGCGCCAUCGAGUUCGACGAGCGGGACCUGGCGUCGGACGAGGCGCUGUGGGACCUGUACGAGCGGUGGCAGACGCACCAUCGGGUGCACCGGCACCACGGCGAGAAGGGCCGCCGGUUCGGGACCUUCAAGGAGAACGUGCGCUUCAUCCACGCGCACAACAAGCGCGGCGACCGACCGUCCUACCGCCUCCGCCUGAACCGCUUCGGCGACAUGGGCCCCGAGGAGUUCCGGUCCACGUUCGCCGACUCCCGCAUCAACGACCUCCGCCGGUACCGAGAGUCCUCCCCCGCGGCGACGGCCGUGCCGGGGUUCAUGUACGACGACGCCACCGACGUGCCGCGGUCCGUGGACUGGCGUCAGCAUGGCGCGGUGACCGCCGUCAAGAACCAGGGCCGCUGCGGCAGCUGCUGGGCCUUCUCCACGGUGGUGGCCGUGGAAGGCAUCAACGCGAUCCGGACGGGGAGCCUGGUGUCGCUGUCGGAGCAGGAGCUGGUCGACUGCGACACGGCCGAGAACGGUUGCCAGGGCGGGCUCAUGGAGAACGCCUUCGACUUCAUCAAGUCCUACGGCGGCAUCACCACCGAGUCCGCGUACCCGUACCGCGCCUCCAACGGCACCUGCGACGGCAUGCGAGCCCGGCGCGGGCGGGUGCAUGUGUCGAUCGACGGCCACCAGAUGGUGCCGACGGGCAGCGAGGACGCGCUGGCCAAGGCGGUGGCGCGCCAGCCGGUGUCCGUGGCCAUCGACGCGGGGGGCCAGGCCUUCCAGUUCUACUCGGAGGGCGUGUUCACGGGCGACUGCGGCACGGACCUGGACCACGGCGUCGCGGUGGUCGGCUACGGCGUCAGCGACGUCGACGGCACGCCCUACUGGAUCGUCAAGAACUCGUGGGGACCCUCGUGGGGCGAGGGCGGCUACAUCAGGAUGCAGCGCGGCGCCGGCAACGGCGGCCUCUGCGGCAUCGCCAUGGAGGCGUCCUUCCCCAUCAAGACCUCGCACAACCCGGCGCGCAAGCCCCGCCGCGCGCUCAUCGAUCUCCAGGGACACCUCCGAUCCUCCCAGUGACUGGCAUGUUGUGAGACGUAACGUAAGCAUACGUUGCCAGGAUCAGGGUGACAUACUACUAGUGUUUGCUUGUACCGUUAUCGAUUGGGUUGUACUGAUGACGUUUUAAUUUCAUUAUGCCGGUCUCGAUCAGAGACGAUAUAUAUGUGAUAGAUAGAAUAAAGUAUAGCGGCGCGUGUGCAACAAGGUAGGAUUAGGCGUGAUAUCAAAGUUGUGCUUGUAGUCCUAAUGUAAUGUAAUGUAAUGUAAUACGGUGUGUCAUAUGCACCGGGGUAUGGUAUAUUGAAAGGCGCUAUGCGUAAGCUAGCAGUUGUUGC